AUGAAGCCGGCCCCAGCCUGGAGCUGCUUGCUCUUUAUAUUGUGUGUGAAGUCCUGCACUUCAUCCAGCCUGAGCUCAGACUCCAGGCAGGGAAGCUGUAGCCCUGGAACCAACUGCACAGGAGAGGGAAGCAACCACAGCCAGUGCCAAGCAGGGUUUUACUGUCCAGAAGGAAGUGCAGCUCCAGUCCCGUGUCCCAGAGGCAGCUUUGGCCCCGCUGAAGCAGCAGUGAGUGCAGACGGCUGUCUCGAGUGUCCUGUCGACUACUUCAAUCACCUGGAGGGCCAGGCAGCUUGCUUUACCUGCGGCUCGGAGGCCAGGCAGCCCCAACAGGGGCAGGAGAGCUGCCUGUGCCUGGGAGAAGGCCAGGAGUUCCAGUUCCUGCAGGUCAGUGACAGUCAGUGCCCCUGUGUCUCAGGGUACACACCGGCAGGGCAGGACUCCAGGCUCUGUGUGCAGCAGCUCUAUGAGAUCUGCAGGGACGGGAGCACCAGGAACCAGGAGGGGGCCUGCCUUACCCAGGAGCAGUGGACAGAGUACUGUGCACUCCAGGUCUGCUCCUCUCCCUCUGACUAUCGGGGUUAUGAUAAAGCCCUGGGGCUGUGCUUGUGUGGAGCUGAAGACGUGGACACUGUGUGCGACAGAGAGUGCCGGAGGAGGCAGAGACACAUCAUCCAGCUCCUCUGCAGAGAAACCUUCCAGCUGCAGAUCAGUGACAACGGAAACAAGGUGAAGACGUCAGUCAGCACCAUCGAAACCUUCACAAGCAGCUGGGAUUCUAUCAGCGCGCAGAAAUGUGCUCUGAAGAAGGACUACGCUGUGCCAGUGUACCUCGUACAAACAAACGGAAACGCCCCUCACUACAAUAACACAGCGGGGGGAAACGACACUCUCGGUGGGGCUGAUAAACAUCCCACACCCCAGCCAGACUUCCAGUUUGCAGGGAUUUUAAACCCCACGGUGUGCCUGAGUCUUGGAGACGUCCUCGUAUUCACUGUGUCGAAGGAACACUAUCCUGUUUACGAUGUCGGUAAUCUGCUCAACACUAACAGCAGGUUUGACUGGGGAGGAUUCAGAGCGCUGGCAGAGGAGAUGAGUCUCUCACACGCUGCCUCAAAGCUGUUCUCCUUCCCCUUCACCCAGCCCGGGGUGUAUGUGCUGAAACUGAACAGCAACCAGCAUAAGAAGAUGUACCUCAGAGUGAUGCCUGUGGGAGGCCAGUGUUACGAGGAAGGCCCGUUCUUCCCGACUGUUCCUCGGCAUGUGAUCCGAAUCGGUAUCGCCCGGGCCAGCACAGCCAGCCUCCUGCUCAGACCAGACUGGCUCGUCAUCGUGGGCCUGCUGAUCGGAGCUCUUGUCAUCUUCAGUGUCUGCGUGACGCUGCUGAUUUUAUUCAGGGAGUUUGGAUGGCCUGAAAAGAAACCUGCAGACCCAAAGUAUAGGAAACUGCAUCUCAAAUACAACUUUGACGAUUAUUCUUCGAAAGGAUCCACGGUCCUCACUUUGAAAAAGCUCCAUCGCAGUCUGCAGAGACAGGAGUGCGAAGAGGAGCUGGGAAACAGAGCUGCACAAGUCGAUGAGUUCUGGGACUACGAGCAGCAGAUUGACUUGGAAGCGUUUGACACCAAUCUGUUCUACGGAAUUCUGCUGAAGCACACUGUCUCCGUGACAACAAGACUCAGCCAGCUCAAAGACGAGGUGAAAGUCUUAUAUCAGAAAACGCUCAGGGAAACAGAGUCCCUGAAGGAGCUCUUGGUGAGCUGGACUAACCUCUCUGGAAAUGGAAAGCUAGCCAGUACUGCGGUGCUGGAGAGCUUUGAAAGAAAGCGCCGGGAGGUGGAGGCGGAGGUGGGCCGCAGGAAGGCCCUGGCUGUGGAGUUUGGCCGGCUCCUGGAGAAACAGCUGCAGCUGCUGGCUGAGGACUGGAGGAGCCGAGAGGAGCACCAUGUGAGCUUCAGUGCUGCCCUGCUGGAGGCUCAGCGGCUGCUGGAGCAGCUCUGUGAGCUGGAGGGCCGGGCUAGCCUGUCGGAGCAGCUCUGUGAGGAGGAGGAGGGCCGGGCCAGCCUGUUGACCCGGCGCCUGGCCUCUCUGCUUGCCCAGAUGUCAGGGGAGGUGACACAGGAGUGCCAGAGACUGAGAGCCUGGGGAGUGCUGGGGGAUGGCACUGGGGCUCAUCUCUUAUCAAGCAGCAAAGCAGAGAUCCUGACAAGAGAGGACCUGCUGGCUCCUGACGGGACAGUGCGAGCCUGUGAUGUGGUCCACGUUGACCCCCUGACCGGACUGAUCGUCCCGAAUGCUGAUGCUCAGAUGCUGUCAGCCGGGGGCUCCCCCGUGCCGGUGCCCCGGGACCUCUGUGUGAACCCUCACACCGGGAAGCUCUUACCUAUCGCAGGUAACGUGGCCUUCGACCCCGUGAGAUCCACUCUGGUCUUCACUGCAGACUGCUCAGCAGGCGAGCUCAGUAAAUGGGAGGAGCCUCUCAUCCCCUUUGUUCCGUUUCCGGUGUGCAGCAGGACCGGGCUGCCAGUGAAAUGUAUUCUGGGAGGAUUAGACCCUGGGAGGGACCUGAAGCUCGGGGGGCCCAUGGCAGAUCCAGCAACAGGGGCUCCAGUGCCCACACUGGGGGUCACUAUUCACCCUCAGACUGGCCGUGUGCACCCCCUGGGAGGCACCUACGUCAGCCCGCUCACAAAGCUGCUGGAGUCCAUUGAGAUCGGAGGGGUCAUGGUGCACCGCCACACUGGACGUGUGGUUCCUAUCAUCGGAGUGAGCCUGGAUCCCCACUCCGGUUGUGUAAUUCCAGUCGGCGGGGUGCUCAGUCCCUCCGGCGCCCCCCUGCUCCUGGGAGACACUUUCACGGAGCCCCUGAGUGGGAGGACAGCCCGGAUCUCCGGGGCCAGCCUCCAGGGGGCACAGGUGGUGCCGCACGGAGGGGGCUACCAGGCCUCACUGGACGCCCUGACGCUGGCCUGCAGGGUGCGAGUGACAGCCUGUCUGAAUCAGUGCAGAGACUCUGUGAGUCUGGGGCUGGCCUCUCUGCAGGAGCACAGCUUGCUGAAGGAAUCGACGAGGGAGCUGGCUCUGGCUUGCAGAAGAAGCCAGCAGUGCCUCGUACACGCUGCGUGCGAGCUGGAGCGACAGCGCGAGCGUGCCAGGAGCCUGGCAGACAGCGGCGGGAGCUGGGGGCUGAUGAAGUAUCCAGGGACACAGCUGCUCCUCCCCGCUGUGGCUGGAGUGGGGUACCCCGACCCAGGGGGCUCAGGCCUGGAGGUGCCCCUCCUGGGGGUGCAGGGAGAUGGGAGCAGGGGGGAGCUGGUCCCUCUCGCAGGAACCAUGGAGGAUCCAGAUGGGAAAGGGCUUGUUCCUAUCAGUAUUGGAGCCAGGGCUGUGGACCCGGUUACUGGGGAAAUUGCUCCAGUCGUGGGGGCUUGCUUUGACCCCUGCAGAAACACUGUGGUGCCCAUAACUCAAACCUACAGCCGCUCUCUGAGUGGAAAAACAAGCUUACAACUGGUGGAUUUGCUGGAAAGGGAAAUGAAGUUAAGAGAUGAAUACUGGAAGGACCAAAGGCAGAAAGAAGAAGAACUCCUAAGAGGCUUGAGCUCUUUACUGCAGGAUUACUGCACCACUAACGCAAGGGGCGGGCUGGAGAAGGCUCGCUGGAAGGAUCACAUCAUUGAACUCAAAAGGCUGUGUGUUGGGCUGCAGGGGUCCUCUCUGGAUGAGACACAGAGAAGGGCAUUGCAAGCAUCGGAUCUGUCCUUCGCAAUGCCGUCAAAAGUCAUCUCCAUCGUGACUAAAGUUUUUCCUCUCAGAUCUCCACUCCUCUCCUCAGUUGACAGGGAGGAAGGGGAGCAGCACCUCCGCUUUGCAGCUGUGUUCAGGGAGAUGCUGGAGAAGGUAAGCCAGGCUUCAGACAAGAUGAAGCAGGAGGAGGACAGACUGAGAGCCCAGGCCCAGCAGAGCAGGAGGCAGCCGGGAGAGCAGGAUGUGAAUCUCAAUUACAGGAAGGUGCACAGACGCUUGCUGAAGGACUCUUGGGAGACCCUGCUGAGGAGACAGGCUGGUGUAGACGUGGCUCUGUGCAGGCUGCUGUACCUGCGGGAGCUGUCCCGCCUGCACGCCGUCACAGGGAAGACCCUGUUAUCUGGAUCAUCGUAUUGGUCUGGCGAUUAUCAAAUGAUCCGCCACCAACCCAGUGAAAAACCCCAGAGAGCUUCAGAAGCAAAGCAGCGGGAGCUGAUCCCCUUACUGGAGCAGCUGCUGCCCUUGCUGGAAGAGAACAGAGCACUCCGCCUCUCCCCUGGGACCCCCCGGCCAGCAUCCGAUCACUCCAGCACACCGUCACACCGUCUCAUUUCAGAGAGGAGUGCUUCGGAAACAUCAUCCAGAGCUUGGACUACCUCUGUCCCAGCAGACAAGGGUCUGGCCGAGGAGAAGCAGGUCUGCCUCUGAGCGCCGAUGAGAUCCAGGAGAAGGUGGAUAGUUUGAAUGAAGAGAUGUCAGAGCUGCUGGGCUGUGAAUACAGGAGGAAGAGGAAGGGGAGUCUCCCUGAAGCCGCAGCAGCAGCCACACACCCCCUCCCCUCCACCCUGCAGAGAAUCCCUGCUGAGACACAUCGAGGAGCAGGAGAGGGAGUGUGGGCUGAGCAGAGGCUCUGAAUACAGUCCAGGCUGCUAGGCUGGGCUGCCCGCCCCCCACCCCUCACCCCACACCCCACACCCAGUGUAGCUGCCUCUCGUCUCACUGUAAAGAGCACGUUGAAAUGUCAUUGUAUUCGCGUCUUGCUUGUUUGUUACAUUUCUUACACAGUGCAAUGGGGUUUGCAAUCCUUCUCUUUGUGUCUUUUAGUUGGUUGUCUUCCUGUGUGGAUAUUGUAUUAAGUACUGCAGUAAAUCCAGGAGCUAUCGAGAGUCUGGGAGUCGUGCU